CACAACUCAACAACCUCAACCCCCCCUCCCUUUUUUUUUUCUUGUUUAGAACAAGUAAUAUGCCAACUGCUGAAUCUUCAUCAGGUUCCGGCCAAACCAUAUGUGUCACCGGCGCCGGUGGUUUCAUCGCCUCUUGGAUGGUCAAACUCCUCUUGGACAAAGGUUACACUGUCAGAGGAACCCUCAGAAACCCAGAUGAUCCUAAGAAUGGGCACUUGAAAGAAUUGGAAGGAGCUGCGGAGAGGCUAACACUGCAUAAGGUUGAUCUUCUUGAUCUUCACUCUGUUCAAUCAGCCAUUCAUGGCUGCCAUGGUGUCUUUCACACCGCUUCUCCUGUCACUGAUAACCCUGAGGAAAUGGUGGAGCCAGCAGUGAAUGGAGCAAAGAAUGUAAUAAUAGCAGCUGCAGAAGCAAAAGUGCGACGUGUGGUCUUCACUUCAUCAAUUGGGGCUGUCUAUAUGGACCCAACUAGGAGUAUGGAUGUGGUGGUUGAUGAGUCUUGUUGGAGUGAUUUAGAAUUUUGCAAGAACACCAAGAACUGGUAUUGCUAUGGGAAGGCUGUGGCUGAACAAGCCGCAUGGGAUGUAGCAAAAGAGAAAGGGGUGGACUUGGUUGUAGUGAACCCCGUUUUGGUUCUUGGGCCAUUACUACAACUAGCCAUGAAUGCUAGCACAAUUCACAUUCUCAAGUACCUCACUGGUUCUGCUAAGACCUAUACAAAUGCUACGCAGGCUUAUGUGGAUGUUAGGGAUGUUGCAUUAGCCCACAUUCUAGUUUAUGAGAAGCCUUCUGCUUCUGGUCGAUACUUGUGUGCCGAAAGUUCGUUGCACCGUGGAGAGCUAGUUGAAAUUCUGGCCAAGUAUUUCCCCGAGUACCCAAUUCCUACCAAGUGUUCAGAUGAAAAGAAUCCAAGAGCAAAACCAUACACCUUUUCAAAUCAAAAGCUGAGAGAUUUGGGAUUGGAAUUCACUCCAGUGAGUCAGUCUCUGUAUGAAACCGUUAAGAGCCUGCAGGAGAAAGGCCACCUUCCUGUUCCUACAAAGCAAGAAGAUUCUAUUGCUGUGAAAUCCUAAACUAGCUACCCUCUUUACUUAAUUUGUCAACAAGUUUAAUACUGAACAAAAAGAAGCUCGUGUAAUAUGGAAUCCUACCAUAGAAGACUCUAUUCAAAUUUGUAAGAUUGACAUCAUGCAAAAUUGUUGCCGUGUCUGUACCUCCCUAUAUAUAAUAUUACUGGAUUUUCUUCCCCUCUUUUA